UUCAGGAAAUGAGCAGCCAGUUUCGCAACCGGUCUUGAGGAUGGUGUUAUUUUACUGUUAGCUUAUUGAGGCUUUUAAAUAGCUCUAACUUGAUUCUCUAAGUUCUUGUUAAAAUAUAUAUUUUUUAAAGGUUUGUUUGUAACUUAAAGCUAUGUUUAAUCGCUUGGACUCUCUGAAAAACGAACAUUACUAAUAAGAUAUGUAGCUAGCGUUUGUUGGUUAGCUUGACGACUGCAACGUAUGCGGAAUCUAGCCUCUAUAGAUACUUAUCAUUAUGUAAAAUUUGCUGCCAGAAUCUUCUGACAGUGACACUUUUUGUUUCGUGUUGAGCUUUUGGAUGAUUACUAGUUUUUAUACGUUCAACUUUACAUUAAUUGAGAGAUCCGAGGAAGCGAUUCUGUUGGAAAAACUGUGUUUUUAGGUGGAGCUGGAUCCCGUUUGCUUUUUUUUUCCGCAACGGGGGAGAAAGUGAACAGCUGCACAGAGCAUUUAUUUGAGUAAUUCGCUUGAAAAACAUGAAAGUCAUGGAGAAAAAUGUGAUGCGUUUAGCGGCUGUUCAGCAUCUCCGCGCUGCUUAUGGGAUAAAAAUAAAGAACUGGAACAAAAACAAAGCAGCAAGCUGUAAGACGACAGCCAAUUCGCAAAAAGUUUUUGGCGUACCCCUGGACAGUUUGCCGUACUACAAUAUGGAAUGUGGAAGUGUGCCAAGCUUUCUGGUUGAUGCUUGCAUGAAACUGCUUGCACACGUUGAAACAGAGGGUCUAUUCAGGAAACCAGGCUCAGUAGUUCGCCUAAGAGAACUCGGGGCUAAGCUUGAUGCAGGAGAAGAGUGUUUGGCAACAGCUCUUCCCUGUGAUGUGGCAUGUUUGGUAAAGCAGUUCUUCAAGGAGCUCCCAGAGCCCAUUUUGCCCACAGAGCUUCAGGAUGCCUUUUUCAAGGCCCAGCAGCUCCCCUCUGAAGAGGACAGAACCUCUGCUACCAUGCUGCUGUCCUGCGUGCUGCCAGACAAAAACAUUAGUGUGCUGCGUCACUUUUUUGAUUUCCUUCACAGUGUUUCCCAGAGAAGUGCAGAUAAUAAAAUGGAUAGCAGUAAUUUAUCUCUCAUGUUGACCCCAAACCUCCUUCACUCUGUGGACGGAAAGGAGAAGAUGAACGCCAACACACACAAGCGCGUUAAAUCGAAGGCAGCCAUUGUGCAGUGCUUCAUAGAGAAUGCCCACAGCUUUGGUGUCCUACCUCAGUUUCUUCGAGAGAAAGUUCCUGCCAUGAUGGGCUGUGAACCAGGCACCACAUCUCCCACUCAGGAUGAAGCAGAAGAUAUGGAGCUAAACUCAGGGGUGAAGAAGAAAAAGAGACCCAGCUUUGGAGAUAUGGUCUGUGGUGCACUGAAUAAAAUAAAAACUAAUAGAACUCCAACAAAAAUCACCAAACCAAACAGUCUUGUCUUUCCUUCAAUGACUCCUGUAACAACGCCGUCCUCAAAGAGAAAGCUUCCUUUCGACCCUCGUCCUUCGUUUGGCUUUUCAAACAAGAAGCGUAGAUCUGUUAAAAAGAACCUUGGGAUAGAACUGCUCCCCAGCACUUUCUCCUCCACUCCUGGUUCUGCCUGCAGUGCUUCAGGAGUCCUGGAAUCGUCCCAGCAUGUUUUGUCGUCGGCAGGAAGGUCUAUAAGGCUCCCAUCUACCUCUAUAAGAAGAAAGAGCAAACGGUUUAGCAACAGGCAUGUUGUCAAUAGGAUUGAAUCUGGAAGAGCUGGCUGCUUUUCUCCAAAAGUCACCAAGAAAGAAGCCCCCCUUAAAUCUCUGCGCUCGCGUUUCAGCCUGGGAAAGGGAAACAAAGAUGCUGGGUCUGAGUCCAUUGGCAUGCGGCUUGCCACUCAGGAGAGCACCACGGGUUUCCUUUUCAACAACGAGUUGGAGUUUACUCCAUCAAAUCCUGGCAGAAAAACUGAAUCAAGGGGUUCCAAAUACAUUAGUAAGUCAGAAGAUAACCUGCUGACCCCCCAGUGUAAAUCGAGUACUCACCAGGCCUCAUGGAUUGUGGAGACCCCUGUUGCAGCACAUGCUUUAAACAGAUUGCCAUUCACAGAUACUCCGCUAAACACAUGUCUUAAGGGCAGUUACAUGUCUGAGCCCGCCAUUGUUUCCAAGCAGUCACCGGUGAACAUUCUUCCCAAGAAGCUGUGCUGCGCAUCCAGUUCAGAGAGCCUGGAAAGUGCGCGCUCGCUUACUGAACCGCUGGGACAUGAUCCAGCUAUAAAUAUCCAGAAUGAUGCCAAAGAGCUGGAGAGUGACCUCCAAGCUUCAAAAUGGGAUUUCAACAGCCCAGCUGGAGAAAUUGGGAUUAAAUCAUCAACACAGGUUCUUGGAACUCCAUCUUUGGCCUUUGACAUUAAUACCUCUUCCCCCUCAAGUCAGGCAGAUGAAAAUGUUACUUUUGGUCAAUUCAAUAUUGAGGCACUCACUCCUUUGCAUAUUGAUAGUGGAGUUUUUGACUAUAAUGAACCAUUCAGUCCAGUCACUAACAAAUGUUCAUCCCCUUCCUUCGGUCGCUGUAGCAAAUUAGGGUCAGUGGAAGGAGUGCCACAGUUGAACUGCAGCAGGCUGAUUGACGCUUUGGACAUGCAGAGUCCUGCUCAUUUCACACUCAGUGUCUCUUCUGGGCUCCAAUCGACUCCAUACAAGCAUGGUGUUGAACUUAAAGAAGAACCAAAGACACCAAAGACACCUGAAACUUUGGAAAGCAAACCACAGCAGGAGCUAAAAAUGUCCCCAGAGGCUGGAGCUGAAGACCAACACCAACCGUCCACCUCACCAGAUGGCCAGAAGACCAACAAACGCCGAGUGGUAGAUCACAUUCAACACUUCAACAAGCUCACCCUUUACUCUCCUCCAAACUCAAAGAGCAAUCAAGUGAAAUCUCCAAUCAAGUUCCAGCGCACCCCCGUACGAGUGACUGUACGCAGGAUCAACUCUCUGACAGGAGAGGGCAGGAGACCCAAUAAACUAACAGAUCACUCUGGCCCCGUGUCAAAGGCUGUGAGUUUAGAAAGUGGCCUGUCACCUCACCCAAAGCUGCGGCCUCAUGUAGGGCGGUCUAAUAGCACGGUUCCUGUAAAGAAACCCCCACCUGUCCCACCAAAAAGGCUUAGCACUUUGCCUCGAAAACUCAAGCCCUGCGCUCUGGGUGACAUGACCAAUAAAGUUCAACCAAAAGCCAAAGAGGAAUGCAUUGCCUCUGAUCCACCAGCAGCCCAGAAACCUCUUGUUGUGCAGCAGGUUAAAGAGAAUAACAGGAGCCAUUACAGAGGAUCUCCAAGAAACCCUCUCAACCAUGGUGGACUUCUGUCUGCUACAAAACCUGUCAACUUAUAGGAGAUACCCAUCUUUCAGAUGUUUUUUUUUUCUUUCUUUGUUUUUGCAAUGUGGGAUAAUAAAUAUUCUCCCAUAUUUUUCCUCUUAUUUAUUUUGCAUUUGUUUUUUUUUCUGAGCUUUUUGGGAGAUACUCAGAUGCCUUAUGUUAAAUAACAUAAAUUCUGUGAGGUUGUUGAGAUCACAAUGUGCAGGAUAACUGAUGUAAAAUGAUAAUAGUAGGUGGUAUGACUGCAGAUGUGUGAGCGUGAUGCCUUUAUUUAAAAGAACUCUUAACUUGGCAUCUUAGGAGGAAAUAUUUUUGAAGAUUUUUUUCGUUCUUGGUCAUGAACUGAAAAGAAGCAAAACAGUCUGGAUUUAUGGAUGAGAGAAAAGCCAAACAGUGUUGGUAAAUCUACAUCUAUUCUUCAUUUUUUUCUUUUCUUUUCCAAGUGCUGUGAAAUGCUUUGGACAAAUAAAAAUGGCUUCAUACUUCUGCAGUUUUAGUGAAAUCUCUCCCUUCUGAUGAUUAGAUCAAAUUAUUGUGUAACCACAAGGGGGCAGCAUUUAGUUACUUCUCUGCUUCGGUAAUGAUUCCAGACCUCAGAUCAAACCAGACUCAGGAAUUCAUUCUGUCAACGGGACCCUUGGAUUACACCUAACUGGCAGUAUUAAUAUUUCUUUGGCUUUUGAGAAAUGUUUUUUUCAGUUCACAAGAAGUCUUAAAGUUCUUGUGCAAGAUCAGAAAACAUUUCUAGAUUCCCAAUCUGAGCCAAAAACUUGUAAGUAAAAACUGUUGAGAGCUUUAAAAAAUAUUUUAAUUAUAUCUGACGCAUUACAUUUUAAUCUGACAAGUUUGCAAGAGAUUUAUUCUGCCCUGUCUAACAGAAGCUUUGCGUGCCUUUCGUGUUUAGCAUGAUAAAUUGGACUUGGAUGGAGUCUCCUGGUAGGGUUUCUGUAGCCGCAGUGAUGGGAGAACACUUUCUGUGUUUAGUUUGGAUUGAUGAAGUGUGAGGGUUUUAUGAUGAAGGAUGCUUUACUGGCUUUUCUCUGAAAAUGGCAUUUUUUUUGGGGGUCUUAUUUGAACUUCACUAAAUUAUUUUUAAAUGCUGGCGUUUAAAGUAGGGAAAGAGAUUUUUCUUUUUUAAUGGUUAGGUAUAAAAAAUGACAAAAUCCUCUCAAUUUGAUGGUACGAAUUAUGCUUAGGGUUUUUGUCAGUUGAAUAUACAAGCUCUCAAAGCUUUUAUAAAAAGUAAAUGAUAAGAUUUUCCUCUACAAAUAUAUAUAAAAACAGGUGAAAGAGAGUUGAAUAUUUUCAGGUUGAGCUGAGUAAUAUAAUCACUAAAAGUAGUUUACUCAUUUGCACUGUUUGACAGAAGGCAUAUUCAAAUAAAUGUUUCAUUUUUACACACAUUCCUAUAAAGGUCUAUAGAUGUCAGAGCUCUGGGAAAGGCAGGGCUUUACUAAUGAUGACCUCAAAAUCCAGUAUGGCCGCCUUCAACAAGAAAAGAAAGGGUAUCUUCCAAACCAUAGUAAAAAAACUUCAGUUUCAUGUUUCAGUUUGGACAUGCUGGUCACAUUUAUUUAUGUUUUUUGUUGUAGCUAAGGCUGCAACUAAUGAUAAUUUUGCA